UUCAAAAGAAAUAUUUGUGAAAUGAUUAUUAAACGUAAAGGCAUCCAACAUACACUCAGAACCAUACUCGCCUUACUGCAGUACAUGGUGAAUAAAAAGCGCAUGAGCACCACUUGUCCAAAUGCCACUUUAACUGCGUCCAACAACAGUGUUACAUCGAAACCACCUGUACCUUGUGUGGGAGCCAAUGUGUAUGCUUGUAAGACAUGUACUGAAACUUUAAUUCUACUUUCUAAUAUAUCACCUACAACUGGUCCUAUUGGUGAUAUACAAAUAUGUUCGCAAAAUAGACUAGCUGUGAUAAUAAUUGGAAUAGUAACAUUAAUUUUAGGCAUAAUUUUAUCAUCAAUUCCGUGGGUGGAUUAUUUCAUAUUGCAGAAUCUAAGGCUGUGGAACGAUAGCUUAAGUUUUCAUUAUUGGCAAAGGCCUGGAGUCAUACGUUUAACAAAAGUUUAUAUUUAUAACGUCACAAAUCCCGAUGGGUUUUUAAGUGGUGAGAAGCCAAAAUUACAAGAGGUGGGACCUUUUGUUUAUAGGGAAGAUAUGGAAAAAGUUAAUGUAAAAUUUUACGACAAUUACACGGUGUCAUAUCAACAUAAGAAAAUUUUACAGUUUGUUCCUGAAUUGAGUAUUGAUAAGAAUACGCCAAUAGUCACUCCAAAUAUUCCAUUGUUGACGCUUACUAGUUUGAGUCCAAAACUGGGCUAUUUAUUAUCGAAAGCGAUAUCUGCAGUAUUAACGCUUGCUGAACUAAAGCCAUUCGUCAAUGUUACAGCCGAUCAAUUGGCAUUCGGAUAUGAUGACACUCUAGUGAGUUUAGCGCAUAGAUUUUAUCCGAAACACUUGCGUCCAAUGAGUCAAAUGGGACUACUUAUUGGGCGCAAUGGUACACUAACUGAAGUCUCAUCAAUAAAAACUGGACAUGCUGAUAUGAAUGAGUUUGGAUAUAUUGAUCGUCUAAAUGGAAUUGAUCAUUUGCCAUAUUGGAACCAAAAACCUUGUACGAGUAUUUCUGCUUCAGAAGGUUCUUUUUUCCCGCCCAGAGAACGCACAAAAGCUGAUAUGGUUUAUUUAUACGAUAAAGAUUUAUGUAGAGUUAUACCAUUAAAAUAUCAAGAAGCUGUAGAAAAAGACGGUAUUGAUGCUGAUCUAUUUAACUUAGCAGAAGACUCUUAUGGUGACUCACAAAAUAAUCCUGAUAAUGAAUGUUUCGAUACUAAGGAUUAUGCACCAGUUAAGGGCUUACAAAAUAUAAGCCCAUGUCAAUUUGGUGCUCCGGUUUAUAUAUCAAAUCCACAUUUUUAUGCAGCGGAUACAUCAUUGUUGGAUGCAGUUGAAGGUUUAAAACCCAAUAAAUCUUUACAUGAAACUUUCUUUAAAAUACAACCGAAAAUCGGUGUACCAUUGGAAGGUAAAGUACGUAUACAAUUGAAUUUAAGGGUUACCAGAGCGCCAAAUGUAUUUCCCGUUAAAGAUUUUCGUGAUUUUGUGUUUCCAAUAAUGUGGAUGGAAGAGGGAAUAUCUGAACUUACUCCAGCUAUUCGCCGUUGGAUUUAUUUGGCUACAGUUUUCGCACCAAACAUUGUGCCCAUCAUUUCAUACCUGAUGAUCGUUAGUGGUGCCUUUGCCAUAAUUUUUACCUUUGUUCGUGUCUACCAAACCUUCGUCUUCGCCUGUGAUCCAACGCUGGAAAUUCUCGAAAUGGGUCGGCGUUCGCUAAGGCGCGGCAGCAGUUUCAUUGCGCAUCAUCAGCACAAGUUUAUGCACCGCGAGAGUUAUACGCUGCUCAGGACGAUGCCGAGCACCUUGGGUGGCGAUGAUAGAGAAGAUGUGUUGCCAAUUAUAAGCAACAACAACAACAGCGAUUCAUAGUAUUUUUUACAUAAAUAAUUCGCUUUAAGCGCUCAAGUUUAUAUAGUUUUCUACUCUCUAGGGUUAAGACGGCAGGCAUAUUUUUAUAAAUAAUUUUUAGUCUAACUUUUAGUAACUAGAAGAAAAACAAAUUGUGAUUUAAGUAUGUAUGUUUAGUUAUUUAGGAGAGAAUGUCUGUCGAUUUGUACAAUUAAGUAUACCUAUGCAGUGCAUAGUACGUAUGUAUGUCUGUCUUUGUAGUUUUAGUCACUUAGCAUAGAAAAUUUGUGGCAUUGAGUUUAAUUGCUUUAUUGUACAUAAUUAAAACCAAAAUAUUUAUUUUAAUUAUUAUUAUUUAGGUACUCUGAAUAAUUAGCAGAACAAAUUAUAAUUGUAAUCUUAACCAUUACAAAAUAUUUACUCUAAACUCUAUCAAAUCGAAUUCAGCAACAAAGCCAAAACAUUUUUUCGUACCAUUUUAAUUCAUAAAUUUUUUAUAUAAUUUUUUAAAUUAAGUUUAAAUGUCUUCUUGAAGGCAUCUUGAUUUUUACGGGGAAUUGUAUCUUGAAUCUUUGGAAUCAUAAUAUCGAAUCACAUAAUUUUAUAAUUAAGCUUCACAUAAUUUUUAAGUGUAUAUACAAUUAAUAUUAACAAAUUAUCUUAGUUGUAAAAUUUUUCUAAUGUAAUUCGCUAGUCAUUUUACAUGCGAAAUGAGAAUUGAGUUUUUAAUGGCAAUAAGAAAAUGAAAGGUAAUUUUCAUAAGUUUCAUUAGUCACAAUAUAAAUGCUGAAAUCUAGUAUUAGUAUUCAUAUAUUGUAUAGAUUUCAAUAUGCAAUAACAAAGUGUUUGGUACAAGUUUUACAAUA